AUGUCUUCUGAUCAUGAGGUCACACUUGCCAUGUCCAUAAUGUUGCUGCUGUCUUUUGGGGUUCUUUGCUCAGCGGUUCCUGAGAACAACACAGAAGAUAUGCUCUCCCUGAUAGGUUUCAAGCAGGCGAUCACUUACGAUCCAUCGGGGAUCUUGAAACACUGGAACAGAAGCACCACCUUUUGCCGAUGGGAGGGCAUCAAAUGCAGCCGGAGACACCCAGGGCGCAUUGUGGAGCUGCACCUCGCCGGCCUGAAAUUGUCCGGCCAAAUCAGUUCCUUGGUUGGAAACCUCACGUUCCUAAAGAAACUCAACCUCUCAACAAACGGUCUGUCUGGCCGGUUGCCCCCACUGAACCGCCUCCACAGACAGCAAAUCCUUGACCUCGGCUACAACUCAUUGCAGGACACCAUUCCUGAUGCUCUUGCCAAUUGCUCCAAGCUGAGAAAAUUAUUCCUCUCCUAUAACUCUUUUGUAGGAGAAAUCCCACCCAAACUAGGCCUCCUCUCCAACUUAUCCGAUUUACGCUUCAACACAAAUAAUCUCACCGGAACCAUCCCAUCAACCUUUAGCAACAGUUCUAGCAUACAAGUUAUGUCUCUGUCAUAUAAUCACCUGUCGGGAGGUAUUCCCGAUGAACUCGGAAAGUUACCAAGUAUACGGUGGCUGGCCUUAGGUGGGAAUAGGCUAAUUGGUGGAUUCCCACAAGGCCUACUCAAUCUGUCUAAUUCCCUUCGAGUGCUUGGCUUGGAGUCGAAUAAGCUAGGAAACAGGUUGCCACUUAACAUUGGUGACAGCCUCUCUAAUCUCCAAUGGCUUUUCUUGAACCGUAACAUGUUCCAAGGGAAAAUACCAGCUUCCUUAGGUAAUGUUUUAGGGAUGGAAAGACUGGAGCUGGAGAAUAACAAUUUCACUGGUGAAAUUCCUUCUUCUUUGGGUAAGCUUAAAAGCCUGUACUAUUUGAAUCUUGGGGGAGACGGUCUUGAAGCAAAAGACGCCCAAAGCUGGGAGUUCUUUAAUGCAUUAAUAAACUGUAGCGGUCUAAAUAUCCUUGCUCUAGAUCGAAAUCAACUAGAUGGGACAAUACCAGGUUCAAUAGGAAACUUGUCAAAUAGUCUUGAGAUGCUAACUUUGGGUGGAAACAAGCUAUCGGGUAUAGUUCCCACAAGUGUGGCAAACCUUCAGUCCCUAAUUAAUCUGGGAUUUGAUUAUAACAAUUUAAGUGGAAAGAUUGUGGAAUGGGUUGGGAUGCUUACAAAAUUGCAAAGUUUAAAUCUUUAUCAGAACAAAUUCAGCGGGCCAAUUCCCUCUUCUAUGGGAAACCUAACUCAGUUGACGUUGCUCUCUCUAGCACUCAAUGAGUUUGAAGAUCUUAGCGAUAACACUCUCCAGAGCAACAUAACCCUAGAAGUUGGUGCCCUUAAACAAAUCGUUGACUUACGUCUUUCAUCAAACAAGCUUACUGGGGAGAUCCCUCACGUCUUAGGUCAAUGUCAGAACCUGGUAACCAUUCAAAUGGACCAAAACCUUCUCAUAGGAGACAUCCCAGCAUCUCUCGGGAACCUAAAGAGCUUGAACAUGGUUAAUCUCUCACAUAACAACUUGUCAGGAACCAUUCCUGAAGUUUUAGCUGACCUACCCCUCCUCGACAUGCUGGACCUUUCUUACAAUCAGCUCCAAGGAGAAGUUCCAAGAACUGGAGUAUUUAAAAAUGCUCCAUCAGUUUAUCUUGAUGGCAAUUUUGCACUAUGCGGAGGAGUGGUGGAUCUCGGAAUGCCCUUGUGUCCUGCUACUUCCCAAAGAAAAGGAAAGAAGUACUAUUUGGUCAGAGUGUUGAUUCCAGUAUUUGGCUUCUUAUCACUCAUCAUGUUGAUUGCAAUUAUAACUCUUCAUAAGAAGAAGAAGUCACACAGAGCAUACAUAUCAUCGACUUCCUUUGGUGGAAAAUUCCCUAGACUUUCUUACUAUGAUCUAGCUCGAGCUACUGGGAACUUCUGUGAAGCAAAUGUAAUUGGCAGAGGAAGUUGUGGUUCAGUUUACAGAGGAAAAUUGACUCAACUUGAAAUGGAAGUGGCUAUUAAGGUUUUCGAUCCCAAGAUGAGAUGUGUAGAUAAAAGUUUCAUAUCAGAAUGUAAGGUUCUGAGAAGCAUUAGACAUCGGUACAUUACUCCUAUCCUAACAGCUUGUCUGUCAAUAGAUAAUUCAGGUAAUGCUUUCAAGGCUCUGAUUUAUGUACUCAUGCCAAACAGAAAUUUGGACAAAUGGUUACAUGAAAAACCUGCUGGUGAAGAACCUAUUGUAUUGGGCUUAGGGCAAAGGAUAAGCAUGGUUGUUAAUAUUGCUGAUGCAUUGGCCUACUUGCACCAUGAUUCUAGAAGAUCCAUUGUCCAUCGUGAUUUGAAGCCUAGCAAUAUCCUCCUAGACGUUGAUAUGAAUGCACAUUUGGGUGACUUUGGCAUUGCAAACCUCGUACUUCAAUCUGGGUCCGCAACAGUUGGACAGUCAAGUUCAGGCACAAGUUCAAGCAACUCAGUCGGAUUGAAGGGGACAAUAGGAUAUAUAGCUCCAGAGUAUGCCAAUAGUGGCCAAGCAUCAACAUGUGGUGAUGUUUUCAGCUUUGGAAUAAUCAUUCUAGAGAUGCUGAUAGGCAAAAGACCAACGGACUGCAUGUUUCAGGAUGGCCUCAGCAUUGUCAACUUUGUGGAGAGGAACUUCCCAGAUCAGAUAGAAAGAAUGAUCAUGCGAGAAGUAGCCAUUAAGUUGCACGCAAUCAGAGUGUCAUAUGUUGGAGCGACCAAGGUCCAGCAAGAUGAAGCUCGUACACAAGCUCCAUCAGGAGAUAGGGAGGAUCUGGCAGAAGGUUCCUCUUGA